AUGAAAUUAACAAAAUCAUCAUCAAAGGCUUUGCAUCAUGCCAACAUUUUGAAAGCUUGUUCCGUGAGCAUGAUGAUGAUGAAACAAAACAAUCAAUGCAGUACGAGAUGUAUUCAUGAUCACUCAGAUUUUAAGAGAGGAUUAAUUAUAACCACUCAGUCUGGUGUUGAUGUUAUGAAUAAUUCAUUACUGAAUAAGGGUACUUCAUUCACAAGAACAGAACGAGACAGAUUGCACAUUAGAGGAUUGUUACCAGCUGUGAUUGUUGAUAUUGACACACAACUAUUACGUAUCAGAGAAAGAUACAACAUGUUAGCCAGUGAUAUUGAAAGGUAUCAAUUUCUUACUCAACUACAGGACAGAAACGAAACCUUGUUUUACAAGUUUUUAGUGAACAAUAUCAAGGAAUUGGCACCAAUUAUUUAUACUCCCACCGUUGGAAAGGCUUGUGAAUCAUUUAGUCACAUUUUCCGUAAACCUCGAGGAAUGUUUUUCUCUGCUGAAGAUCGUGGAGAAAUGAAAGCCAUGGUCUAUAAUUAUCCUGUGGAUGAAAUUGACGUGAUUGUUGUUACGGACGGCGGUAGAAUUUUGGGUCUUGGAGAUUUAGGAGCCAACGGAGAUGGCAUUCCAAUUGGAAAAUUGUCGCUUUAUGUUGCUGCAGGAGGAAUUAACCCUGGAAGAGUAAUGCCAGUCAUGCUAGAUGUUGGAACUAAUAAUGAGAAAUUAUUGAAUGACCCAUUAUAUCUGGGUAUCAGGAGAAAAAGAUUAACUGGUCAAGAAUAUUUUGAUGUCUUGGAUGAAUUUAUGGAAGCUGUAACAACUAGAUGGCCUAAAGUGCUAAUUCAAUUCGAAGAUUUUACAAGUGACAAGGCUGAAAUUGUUCUCAAAAAAUACAGAAAUAGAUGUCUUUCAUUUAACGAUGACAUUCAAGGAACAGGAUCAGUUAUUGUUGCUGGUAUUUUGAACAGUUUGAGAGCUAUCGGACAACAAUUUUCUGACAUCAAACAUCAGAAGUUCCUUGUGGUGGGCAGUGGUGGAGCUGGACUUGGAGUUGCCAAUGCUUUGAAAGAGGCCAUGGUUCGUGAAGGUCUAGACGAUGAAGAAGCUCGUAAGAACUUUUAUGUUGUUGAUAAGGAUGGAUUAUUAACACAACGAAGAAUUGAAGAAGGAGAUGAAAAGGGAAUAGCAUUUACUGCCUCUCAAAGAUCCUAUGCUGAAGUUAGAGAUGACCUGCCAGAAGGUCUUUCAAUCCUUGAAACUAUCAAAACUGUAAAGCCUGACAUUCUUCUUGGCUUGUCUGGUGUUGGAGGAUUGUUCACAGAAGAUAUUUUGAGAGAAAUGAACAGGCAAUGUGCUGAGAGAGGAAAAGAACCUAUAAUCUUCCCUCUUUCAAAUCCAACAAGCAAGUCAGAGGCCAGUGCUGAGCUUGUUUUCAGAUGUACAGAAGGAAGAGGCGUAUUUGCUAGUGGAUCUCCAUUUGACGAUGUUACCUUACCAAAUGGGUUGACAAUUAGACCACCACAAGCCAAUAAUAUGUUCAUUUUCCCUGGUGUAGGCCUUGGUAGCAUCUUGGCAGGUUCUAAACAUAUUUCAAAUAACAUGUUUUAUGCUGCUUCCAAAUCGUUAGCUGCCUCUGUGAGUGAUGAAGCAAUCAAAAGAAAGGAAGUCUAUCCACGUGUUGAAGACAUUAGAGAGGUCACUAAAAAAGUAGCUGUCGGUGUUAUUAGACAGGCUGUGUCUGAAGGAAAUGCCUUGAAAUUUGCAGACAAGUCCAAAACAUUCAUCGAUUCAAAUGCUGAAAUGGAAGAAUAUGUGGGAAAAAGAAUGUGGUGUCCUCAAUAUGUUCCAAUCGUGAAUUAG